ACAAAUCACAACACAACACAACAAGCAAUAUCUUCCACAAUCACGCCUUUUUGUAUCAACACCCACCCACAAAAAAAACUCCACCAUAUAACAACACUUAGCAAGUUAGCAUAGCACUACGACAACCUUCAUUCUCAACAAACAUUAUUUCUUGCCAUAUUCAUGGACCUUCUAAUCAAGACUGGAGCAGUGAAACUCCGAAGCCACCUAGAGAAGUUCUUAGUAGGAGAUGAAAACAAUGAAACUGUACGUCAAAGUCGAAAUGGGUCAUCUCGACGAGCCAUAUGGAUCGUGGAAUUGUGUUCCCACAAUCGGGAUACGAUUCGGCUCAAGAAUUUGAGCUCGGGCCUCUACUUAACCGCAUCAGAUACCCCAUUUCUUUUAGGAAUGACGGGUAAACAAGUCGUUCAAUUAUCGAUAGUCGAUCCAACUCGAGUCGAGUGGGAGCCCAUAUGUGAUGGGUUCCAAAUAAAAUUUAGAAGUGCUAUAGAAGGCAAGUAUUUGCGCGCAAAUGGUGGGACUCCGCCUUGGAGGAACUCUGUUACGUAUGAUACGCCCCUUACGGGUGGUACACAUAAUUGGACAUUUUGGGACGUUGAACCCGUUUCACUUCCGGAUCUCGGGUCGAAUACGGAUGCCCUUUCGACGUUUUCGAGUUUCAAUUCGGUUUAUUCGGAUGAUUUGGGCGAGUCUUACCCGAAUUCCCCAUUGUCUGUGAUAUCUACUAUGUCGCCACGGUUACUUACCAAGAAGAGAUCAGGUAUGGAUCUAUUCUACAACGCAAAAUCAGUCCGUUUAAAAAGCCACCACGACAAAUACUUAAUCGCAGAAGAAGACGAAGAAUCCGUUACACAAGACAGAAACGGGUCAGCCCGAAACGCUAGAUGGGUACUUGAAUUUGUUCAAGGUUCGGGUAACGCAAUCCGUUUAAAAAGCUGUUAUGGAAAAUACUUAACAGCAUCAAAUCUACCUUUUUUACUUGGGAUGACAGGUAGGAAAGUGGUUCAAAGUUUGCCAACUAGGCUUGAUUCUUCAGUUGAGUGGGAACCCACUAGAGAUGGGUCCCACGUUAAGUUAAAAACUAGGUAUGGAAAUUACCUUCGGGCCAAUGGUGGUUUGCCACCGUGGCGAAAUUCUAUUACUCAUGAUGUUCCUCAUCGUACGGCUACUAGAGAUUGGGUACUUUGGGAUGUUGAUAUUCUUGAGAUUUCGGAUUAUGAUGAUAAGAAAAAUGAUCAUGAGAAAUUUGAGCCCAAGUUUGAGGAAGAAAAUAAGCCCGUGUUUGUUCCGGGUCGUGGGCCGGAGAAGGUUGAGGAUUUGGAUUCUUUUGGGUCGGAUAAGUUUAAGAAACAAGAGUCAAAUGUCUCUGGGACGUACUCGCCGCCUAAGCAUGAUGGUAGGCUGAUCUACUACCAUAUAGCUGAUGAUUAUGGUGGUGUUGAUGAUGAAGGUGAGGGUAACUCCUUUACUUUUAAAGGCCACAGUGUUGUUGAGCUGACAUUGAAAUUGGAGGAAGAGACAGGCCUUGAAGAUAUUAUAGUAUGCACACGUAGCCCUCUGAAUGGGAAGUUGUAUCCUCUACGCUUGCAGCUUCCCCCAAACAAUGCAACCAUGCACAUUGUUGUGGUUCCGUCUACUUCCAGAUUGGCAGAAGAAUUUGCAAAAGUUGGAAUAUUAUGAUGAGCCAAGUUUGAUUUGGUAAUGGUGGUUGGCAUAUCUCAUCAUGGAACACAAAAGAAACCGAGUUUUGUACAGUUUUUAUGUAGGGUUUUCCUUGUAAUGUUUAAUGAAUGGGAAACUAUAUAUUGUCAUUGCAAUUGAUGAUACUAGAAUUAGGUUUGAAUAUCAAAGCUGUCAAGUGUUUAGAAGUAGUGUUUGUCCCUUAAUUCUUUCAUAUAUUCUGGCCUUCUGGACUUGCCUGAUUUUUGUCAAAGCUGUAUUGUACUGGCAGUUUCAUGGUGCUUUCUGUAAAUAUAUAUUUCUAGUCUGGGUUGGUUGUUUUUCA